CGCGCGCACACACAUUCACACAGCGCCAGACGCUUUUGCAAAUAACCCGCCUGCCGCUUCCAGCGCUACUUUUCUUCUCAGGAGACGCGCACGAAGACCUGUUGGAUGUUACUGAAAGCAUUUUGAGGCUGUUGUGCGGAGUUGACAAAAGUACCACUACUUUUUCCCCCUUCGCUCUCUUCAGUGACAUCUUUUGUGACAACUUUUUUGGGACCCCCUUCUCACUUUAUUGGUGAAUAAUCGGGUUAAUUGCAUAUCAUAUUUCCGAACCGUGCAGUUGGAUUAAAAUCAGCAAAAUGAAUAAUUCCGUGAAAUAACUCCAAAGGAUUUCAAGCAUUAAUCCCAGUGUGGUUCCUCCUCUCGCCGAGUGAAGAUGUUUCACAGUAUGUGUGUGCCGGCGGCACAGCUGACUCUACUGGUGCUGACACUUGUAGUGCCCAUGGGCCACACUUGCCCGAGGAGCUGUAACUGCUACCAGGCCAGCGAAGUACACUGUACCUUCCGUUCCCUGCUCACUGUACCCCCUGGCCUGCCUAUACACACACGCCGCAUAAACUUAGGGUACAACAGCAUCGGCAGCAUCCAUGACAGUUCUCUGGCUGGGCUAAAGAAGGUGGAGCUUCUGAUGCUCCACAGCAAUGACCUCCACCAUCUUCCAGAUGGAGCGUUCAAAGACAUGAAAUCACUACAGAUCCUAAAGCUGAGUUAUAACAAGCUGAGAGAGAUCUCUUCAUCUCUGACCUUCUCUGGCCUGACCUCACUGCUGCGUCUCUACUUGGAUCACAACCUCCUCCAGCACAUCCACCCCCGGGCCCUGCUCCAGCUGCCGAGCCUCAGGCUGCUGCGUCUGCAAGGGAACAGGCUGCAUCAGCUGCACCCUCACACUCUGUGCACACUGUCCCUUCUGAAUACAUAUUACUUUUCUACACUCAGACACCUAGACCUGUCCAACAACAGCCUAACCACUCUGCCCAGAGAGACCUUGGCGACAGCACCUCUGCUGGAGACUCUUGUACUGCAGGCUAAUCUGUGGAAUUGUGACUGUAGGAUGAACUGGUUUCUCAGUUGGAGUUUGGCUCAUCCAGGCCUAAUGAAAUGUCCUGGCGGCCCUCAGUGUCCAAUCUGCGCCUCGCCCAACUCCCUCCAAGGUCAAGGCAUGCUUGAGAAGACCGACCUAUCCUGCACCUCGCCUGUAAUCCCCUCCCCAGGAAGAGACACCCCUUUGGAGGCAGAACUCAUUGAAAUCCAAUCAAGUGAAUCCUUCAGAGAGCCUUUAGGCACUGCCUCUCUGGGUCUGUCCGACCAGCAGGGGAACAGUGUUGAUCUGGGUUGCAACAUCACUCACUCCGCUGAGUCCCAGGAUAUUACUCCUCCUCCAGAUUUCUCCCUUUCCUCCUCAUCCCCUCUCCCCCUUGCUCUGUCACUCUCCCUGGAGUGCCCUGUGGAGAGACAGAGCUAUGAGAAACUUUGGAGGAUCCUGGCUUACUACAGUGAGACUGCGGUUCGCCUGGAGAGGGAGAUCAUGCUGAGUAAAGCCCCAGCAUUGGCCUACCGCUACAGGCAGGUGGCAGAGACAGACGGAUAUUAUCACACUGGAGUCAAAGCGUCUGUUAAAGCUAGACCACAGUGGUUGCUGCAGUCAGCAAUUAGCAUUCAGCUAAACAGAGCGCAGUCUAACGGGCACAAAGUUCAACUUAUAUACUCAACAAGAGUUUCUGCUCAUCCUGACCGUGCGUCUCCUCCCUCAACAUCCUCCCCUGCUUCUCACCAGUGGGUGCUGAUAUCAACUAAUCAUACCACCACAGCAUUGGCAGCAGUAGCAGGCAGUAACGUGGACCUGUCAUGCCCUCUCCUAAGUUCUGGUAACCCGACAGUACAGUGGGUUCUCCCAGAUGGAUCCAAGCUCAUCAUUCCCUCCAGCAGCCUUGAUGGUAGGCUCCAGGCUUCAAACUCUGGCUUACGUCUUCACAAAGUGCAGCUCUCAGAUGCAGGGAUAUACUACUGCAUAGCGCGGGCAGGUAAGGAUGUAGAUGUUCUCCCCCUGCGCCUGGCAGUUGAGGAGUCCUCUGUGCCGCCCUCAGGAGAGCAAGUGGGACCUUCUGUCAUCGGAAAUGUUGGGGAGCCAAUCACUCUGUCCUGCAAGGCAUCAGGUUCACCUUCACCUCAUAUGAGUUGGGUGUUACCGGAUGGAAACAUAAUACGUCAGGGAUUAGCUGUAUCAGGUGGGCUCAGUAUGCAAGUUAAUGGGAGUCUCUCUCUGCGUAACCCUGCUCCAAGGGAUGCAGGUCAUUACCGCUGCAUUGCGGUCAACCAGUAUGGUAGUGACUCUCUGUCUAUGCAGCUGGAAUUAAACUCACAAUACCCUCCACCACUUAGGACUUCAUUUCCCAGAGGGCCACAGUCAGCCGCUGGCCGGUCAACCAAGAUACGAGCACCAUUACUAAUGGAGGGAUCGGGGGAUGAAGACGAAGAAGAGAGAACUAUUGUUGGCAAUAGGGGCCAUCCACGCCCUCCCCAACCUCCCCCAAACAGACGCUAUCCAAUCGGCAAACCCCGAAGACGUGGACCUAUGAGAGAAGGCCCUCUAAGAAGAGGAGGGUCUUUAUCUUCCACUGACCAGAGAAGAAACCGCUUUGAUAAAAGACGUAGGAUAACCACAAACAAUCAAAGGAUAGAUCCUCAGAAAUGGGCUGACCUCCUGGCUAAGAUACGACAAAAGACUGGUAAUGUUAAUAACAGCAUGCCUGUCACAGCAGGAAAGCACACAGCUGAACCAGUGGGAGGAGGCAAAGGCGUAGACAAGGGCCAACUAGAGGGACGUGAUGGUACAGAGAAAGGUAGGGCUGAGGGAGCAGGGGUGGAGGCAGAAACUGAGGGGUCAUCUCUUGAUGAUGCUGAUUUACAAGAGGAAGGCCUACAGUAUGUUCACCCUGUUCACACAGAAAUGCCAACAGAAACAAAAACAAGCACUGAAACAGACUCAGAGAUAAAGACGGAGAGGCCAACAGAAACUCAGACAGAUAUAGAGAACGAGCCAGAGAGAGAAACAGAGAACGGAUCUCCGCAGACAGAGACAGUAACAAGCCCAGAGACACAGAAAGAACCAGUCACAACAAAGCCAAUCUCAGGAACAAAUGACAUUGUCCCAGAACUAGGCAAAGGAGUUGAGCCUGAAGCAAAUACCAAUCCAUCUAGAACCAGGCCUCAGAACCCCCGGCAGGGACUCUUCCCUAAUUUGGUACCUAACUCAAGGCCUCAAAGCCCUUGGAACUCCCGCAGGAGAAUCGGACAACGAAGACGAAUCAUUAACAGGCCCAGGGGGCGCCCUUUGAUCCCGCCCCGACCUGUCCCUGACCCCACAAACCAGAGGUCACAAACUGCAACACCUGACACUACCACAGUUCACAUUAAUACAUUGUUGCUGGCCUCAACAACCACAUCUCCAGCUAUUUUGUUGACACACAGUGACCAUAUUAGGACUGCUUCAAAUGAUGCACUAAAUCCUCUGUCUGUACCUGCUUCGAACACUCAUGGCAUCUCCACUUCAAAACCCGCCUCCCUUUCAUUGACUCCCUCUACCUCCCUUCUCACCUCAUUAUCCCCCUCUCACACAAAGACAUAUACAGACACUGUGACUCACUCAGACAAUAUCCCAGACACUGCAGUGUACACACCAGCACCCACUGACUCCGGUGCUGUGACCGCACAGACACAUGAGACACACACAAACGCCAGGACACAUGGCAUACAGACACACACAGAAACACACACAGCCUCAGGCAAACAUGUUGAUAAACCCUCAAGCAAACACAGUGAAGAGCUUGAGAGGAAUUUGUGGGGUGUACCAUAUGUGUCCCACUCCUCCACCUCUUUCUUACUCACUCCUUCCUCCGCUGUUCCCUCCACAGUCUCCACUGCAGCUACAACUACUACUGCAAAAAUCAAAACAACUUCUUUUACUACUCUCAAGAGCACGAGUACUACUAGUAGCACUACAAGUAUACCUACUACUACAGUGAGAGAGGACACACAUCCCACAACAACUUCAAGUACUCCUAUAACUACAAGUCCCACCACAUCAACUACAACUACCAGUAUCAUUCCAACAUCAAGCACUACCACAAGUACUACAACUACUCUCACUUCUACUAUGACUACCACAAUUCCUAUUCUUACAUCUACUACUCCUUCUUCAAAUAGCUCAUCUUAUAGGACGACUACUACCACUACUAGUACUACAAUCUUAUUCAAAGCUAUUCCCACAACUCCAAACCCUACUACUACUACUCCGACUAGUAGAAUUACCAUCUUAGCCAAAACUUCUCCAACUACUACAAGGGUUGCCACACCCAGUACAUUUUCUACUGCUACCACAACAAGAACCACAACGUCAAUCAGGGAGAGGCCAAGCAUUGUUCAAGUUGAUCCCAGAGGGAGGCCUGUUUCUGGGGGUUCAAGCAAGAAUCGACCCCCUACUGACUGGAAGAACCCUGGAACUAAUUCUAUCCCUGAUUCACACAGCAGCAGGCCACGCUGGCCCCCCUACCCGCCGCUCCCUGCAGCCCCUGGGGCCCCAGUGGUGAGAUCCAGGCCGAGGAUUGCAGACCCACACAUCAGGACAGUGUCGUUCCCUGCAGAGAGCACAGCCAGGCUGGCUUGUGAAGCUCAAGGAGAGCCAAAGCCCUCCAUCACAUGGACCAAGGUCGCCACAGGAGCAGUGAUGUCAAUGCACUCCAGGGCUCAGCGUUUUGAGGUCUUGCCAAAUGGCACCCUUGUUAUCCAGAAUGUUCAGCUGCAGGACAGGGGCACAUAUAUCUGCAGUGCACAGAGCUUUCUGGGUCGUGACAGAUUGCUAACCACCCUGGAAGUGUGGACCCGCCCCCCUCGGAUGCAGCUGGCAAGCUAUCGGGAAGCAACCAUUCAUCAGGGCGGAGAGGUGCACUUGGAGUGCCAGGCAGACGGCGUUCCCAGCCCUCUGCUCUCCUGGGUUCUACCUGAUCGUUCUGUCCUGACCACCGCUGCCCCCUCCACCAGCCGCAUCACUGUGGACACAAAUGGAACUCUCCACAUUUCAGUAACUUUACCAAGUGACAGAGGAAUGUAUCGCUGCGUGGCCUCCAACUCAGCAGGUGCUGCCAGUGUCUCUGUGCGUGUACACGUGUCCUCCUUGCCCCCAGUGAUACAGCAACCCAGAGAGGAACACCUGCUUUUGUCUCUGGGGAGGCCUGUUUAUGCUCACUGCUCUGCCCGUGGUGCCCCGCCACCAACUCUGCGCUGGCGAAUCCCAGAUGGGACUCUAGUUCGCCCAUCCCAGUUUCUCCAUGGCAAUCUUUUUGUCUUGCCCAAUGGGACACUGCACAUUCGAGGAGUUGGGCCAAAGGACUCUGGGAAUUAUGAGUGCACAGCAAGUAAUGUUGUUGGAGCUGUUAAGAGAACAGUAAGGGUAAAAAUUGAAGGAGAAGAAGGAGAAAGGGGAUUUGGGGGAGCAAGAAAUGAAGGGGCAAAAGCUACUGAAAAACCGCCUCCCUCAUCUACACUUCAUAAAGACAGAACUCUGUCCAGCCACCCCUCAAAUCCAUUCAACUCCACAAGACUCUCCCCUUCAUCGCCCUUUGACAGAUCCAGGACUUCGCUGCUCACCCCAAACUCUUCUCACUCAUCUUCUCACCCUCUCCGACCCAGCUCCACUAACUCGCCUCCUAAAAUCAAUAAACCAGUCACUGCUUCCCCCACACAUUUCAACAAAACAAAACCCUCCUCUGUCUCCCCACCCUCCACACUACCUACAAAUAACAUCAAAAUCUCGCCCGGCAUUGUAAACAACACAAGAGUUACUUCUUCCUCCUCUGACAAAAGCAUAGCCUCAGCUUUGCGUCCAUUGCCCGUCUCCCCCUUCAGUAAAGCCCGUAUUGUUUCUACGUCACCCUCCACCACUACUGUCCACUACGGGGUAUUUUUACAGCUCCACUGCUCUGUAACUGGCAAUCCGUCACCUAUCAUCAUUUGGAGGACCCCCGGCAGGAAACUGGUGGACAUGCACUUCAGUUUUGACCGACGUCUGAAGGUGCACCCUAAUGGCACCCUGUCAGUCCAGGCAGUAACAGAUAAAGAUGCUGGAGAUUACCUCUGCAUCGCACGCAACAAAGUCUCAGAUGAUUAUCGCCUCCUGCGUGUCUCAGUGGCUACCAAGCCUGCCAAGAUCGAGCCAAAGCAGCCAGUCAAUCAAAUGGUGUCAUUUGGCAAACCACUGAAGGUGGACUGCCAGGCAUCAGGACUGCCUGACCCAGCUGUUCGUUGGAGCUUACCAGAUGGAACCAUGGUGAACAGUGUGUUGCAGGGGGAGGAAAGAGGAGGGCGAGCACGAAGGCUAACUGUGUUUGACAAUGGGACCUUACUGGUUCCAGCAGUGGGUAUGGGAGAAGAGGGAGAGUACACAUGCUAUGCAGAGAAUCAAGGGGGUCAAGACACCAUGAAGGUCAAAGUAAAAGUCAUGAUGUCGUCUCCACCAGCCUUCGCUGAUGACAGAACCUACAAUGUCAUCAAAGUACGUCAGGGGGCAACUGCCACAAUCCGCUGCCAUGCCACGGGAGAUCCUGCACCGAUGGUAACAUGGUUUUCCCCAAUGCAUCGUGUCAUCCCACGAAGUUUGGGAUCUGGUUUUUAUUCUGAGCGGGUUGUAGUAGUUUCAAACGGAAUUUUGGAGGUGCGUCUGGCUCAAAAGACUGACACGGGAAACUAUACAUGCCAAGCAAGCAAUUCGGCAGGGGAGAGGAGCAUGGUGGUGGGCCUAGAGGUGGAGGCUCCUAACCCUGGACUGAGUGGCCAUGUGGGAGGAAGAGGUUGGAGUACCAGCAACGGGCCUGGUAGCGGUUAUAACAGUAGAUCAGGUGACAGCAUUAAUAAUGCAGGGAUAAACCAGUAUGGAUCUACCAACAGAGACACAAGCAAGCCUGGCAGCAAUGACAGCAGCAAUAAUGGCUACAGUGAUAACAAUGGAAGGAUAAGAAAUAUUGUACCAAACACUGAUGUUAACAUAGCAACCAGUAGCUUUAAUCCUGCCCUUAGAGGUGAUAGUAGAGAUGGAGCAAAUCAGCCUGUCAGUGGAAUCACAACUCAACUUGGUAGCAGUGUAAUCAGUGUCGGGGUGAGCGGGGCUCAGAAUAUAGGCAUUAAAACAGAUAACCUCGGAAUAAAUGGAAAUGGGCCUGGCAUUAUGACUAAUAGUGCUAACAUUUACAGCACAGUCAGAGGAGGUAGUGUAGAAAGGAAUCUUGGGACUAAUAAUAAUGAAGUAAUUUCAGGACGGGCUGGUAAUGAUGCUAACACUAGUGGAGAAAAUGGCAGGGUAAGUGAUACUUCUAGAAAUGUCGGCAGCAGUGUUUCUAAUAACGGCGUUAGUUGGAGUAGUAAUGUAGGAGAGAUCAGCGAUAACAACAGGAAUAGUGGUGCUGGUGUAGUUGCUGGUAAUACAGGUGCUAAUGCAGUUGUGGGUGUGGUAACAACAGUGAAGCAGCGAGCUGUGAAAGGCCAAACUGUUCUUUUGCCAUGCCCUUCCCAAGGCUCCCCUCCCCCACGCCUUUCCUGGCUCCUGCCUGGUAACGGUGUCUUGCCAGCUCCUUAUUAUGGCAGCCGACUUACUGUGCACCGAAAUGGCUCUCUAGAGCUGCGAGGAGUGCGCACUAGUGAUGCUGGGACCUUGGUUUGCAUAGUUAGAGGUGAGAGAGGACAGAUGAGGAUACAGGUGGAGCUGGAGGUCUCUGAGCUACAGGAGGAGGCCAGAUCUCCACACAGGGGAGCAACUGUGGAAAGGCCUGUGCAGGAGAACACUCGUAUAAUCGAGAGGCCUCGCUCAUUGGAUUCGGCUCAAUCCUUCAACUCAAGGCCAGCAUUGCCUGGGACACUUCGUCCAAGAAUCCCAAUUACUCAAAAGCCUCUACACAGAGCCCAGUCUUUACCAGUUUUACCUCGCCCAGUUGGCCCUCCACCCCGCUCAGUGAGCCCCGUCUCAGAGCCAGCAGUCAGCACCAGAACGGCUCCCUUAGUAAGCAUUAUUAAUGGAGAGACUCUCCGUCUUCCUUGUCCUGCCUCUCACACCUAUGGAUACACCCAAGGCUCGCUCACAUGGACAAUGCCGAGUGGCAAAUUGCUAUCCCGGGGGGAGAGCAGUGACUCAGGCCGAUACAUAGUCCAACAGGAUGGAACACUAACAGUGCAACAUGCCUCUGUGUUUGACCGCGGCACCUACACCUGCAGAUCCAGUAGUUUUGACUCCUCUUCAAUAUCAGUCGCCACCGUUCCCGUCAUCGUCAUCGCCUACCCCCCACGCAUCACAGCAGGCCCCUCCCCUGUGACCUACACUCGACCCGGGGUUGCUGUGGAGCUGCCAUGCCUGACAAUAGCAACUCCCCGGGCAACAAUCACCUGGGAAACACCAGACCUGACACAGCUGACGGCGAUGGGUCAGGCUCGUAUCUAUGGCAACCGCUACCUUAGUCCUCAGGGAUCUUUGGUGAUACAGAACCCGACAAGCCGGGAUACAGGAUUUUACAGGUGCACCGCCAAAAAUGUAAUAGGAGUAGACACCAAGGCGACCUACCUGCAUGUUAUAUAAUGAGGUGAAGCAAACACACACACAAACAUGCAGCAGAAAAACAGAGACGCCAUCAGUCCCCUGACCUGGUAAAUUAACUUUUCUGCUGUUAACACUGCAGCUGUUAAUACUGUAUGUGUCCGACAUGCCCAAUGGAACUGCAAGACUCCAUGCAGGAGAUACUGUUCAGAAAAUCUCAGAAAAGAAACUACUAAUAAACAGGUAUAUGUCUCAUGUAUGGAUUUUUUAAUGUUUGAUGGCUUCAAUACUGAAUUAUUUUUAUAUCAGGAGCUGCAAGAUUCUCUGCAGGUACCACUUCAUGCAUUUUAAUCCGCUUAAACAAAUCAUUGGUGUUUUAGGAGGGUUGUUUUCUGUGUCUUAGCGGCCUAAAACCUAUUUUGAAGUGAAGUCAAGAAAAUGUAUUACAUACUGAUGCACAAAUGUAAAUGCCCACAUCUGUAAGCUUCAUUUGUUUUAGCACAGCAUGUUUUUGCAACACUGUUUUUUUUCCUGCCUUGUGUUAAAAUGCAGCCCAAUGCAAUAUGGACAAAAUCAUGGUUUUGUGUAAAACAAAGAAGAAAAUCUUGCAGCUUUGGGUUUUCACCUGGAAGAGGGGAUUAACAUUCUUCCAUCUUUGAGCAUGUAACUUAAGUAUCGCUAAACUCGCCUAAAAAAGAUGCUUUUCUUGACUGCUUUAUUUCAUUACUUCAUGCAUUCAUCCAGCAACACUGAACUACACUAUAACAUACAGUAUUUUACUGACUAAGUCACUGAAAAUAGAGGAUACAACUCAGCAUCACACAAAGAGGCUGAUUGUCUUUUAUAGCUGUCUACAGGCACAAUAAUAUACAAUAAUCCAGUUUGGUGUUUAUUCAUAAACACCAAACAGGAUAUUAUUUAUUAACAUUUGAUUUUUUCAAAUGUUGCAAACUGGGACUUCAUUUGCCAAAAUACUAAUAGGAUUUAAAAUUUCAACUUGAUAUUCACUUUGUUAACCAUAGAAAUACUUUCUUUUUUUUAAUUUAUAAACUCUAUAUUUGACAAACGUUGGAUUUUGUUUAUGUGGUGCAUAUAUAGCAAACAGUAGCUUAAAUUGGCAACCUUUUUGUGCAUUACAGUGCCUACAUGUUACGCUGAAUGUGUAACAGAUAUGAUGAUAGAAGUCCUCAGCAUUACUUGUCACCCACACAUCUUUUUCAGGACUUUUUGAACCUUCUCAUGACUUAUUUGUAGGUUUCAAACCUUAGCAUGUAAUCUUCUACCACCAUCAAGUGUAUCUCAAAUUCUCACGGCAUUUCUGUGGCAGACCCAGAUAUGGUACAAAGCAGUCAUGUAAACACAGCUCUUUGAAGAUUUAUCUACAUGAUUAUUUUGAUGGUUCUUUGAUGUUUGUCCUUAAAUUAUUUGUCUUGUAAAGACUCUGUUGUAAGACGCCAGUGUUUUGUCAUAAAGGGAGAAAUUAUUAAAUUUUUAUUAAGUAUGUUUGAUGUCUUACAAGUCACAAAUGAGUGACUACUUGUUAUAUUUUGAACAACUUCAUUUUAUAAAUAAAAGUGGA